GAGCUGUGCAAUCUACCCGGACAUGUUUUCAUUGGACGCAGAGUUUGAGCGAAUGGUUCCUGUUUUAUUAAUCUUCAUUAUAUUUAUUUUGUUCGUACUAAGUAAUUUUUUGUUGUUGUACAUGAUUCCGGUAAAUAUAUACAACCGCUCGCCUCUGACUUUGCGAAGGGGGACGUAAAUAAAGUGGAAAUUGGAUUUCACGUUGUUUAUUUCUUCUCAGGGCUCUGAACGUCGCUAUGUGAUUGGCAUUGGUGCUGAUGACGACACGACAGGCUUCGGUAUCUGCAGUUCCAGUUGGUUCUGAUCACAUUGUGGGAACACAGGGCAACAGAUGAGGACACUGAUUUACUUCUGCAAAAAACACUUUGGCUUACAUGGAAAAGGCUGAGGCUUGUUUCAGUGAUGAUCUCAAGACAAAUCAGGUGUUUUAUGCAAAUGCACCUGAAGUACCAUGUCAAGAAGAGUUUCCUUGCAGAGAUUCUGCUAACUCUAACCUGCGGAUACUAGAGGAAGAUGAAAAAGUGUUCAAGGGGAAGUACCACCAAAGCCUCCACCUAUUCAAACCCUUCCGAACAACACAUAAGCACAAGCAUCCAAUUGACAACUCAGGCCUAUUCUCUUUCAUGACAUUGAACUGGCUUUCUCCUUUAGCAUGGAAGGCCUACAAGUAUUCACAACUGGAAAUGACAGACCUUUGGAAUUUGUCCUCCAAUGAAUCCUCUGAAUUAAAUUCUCGACGAUUUGAGAAGCUAUGGCAAGAUGAACUGAAGAUGCAUGGACGAGAGAAGGCCUCACUGGGACGAGUAGCAUGGCGGUUCUGUCAAACACGUGCUUUCAUCGCUGUUGGUUGUCUGAUGAUCACAAUGCUAGCUAGCUUUAUUGGUCCUGCCCUUAUCAUAAGAAAACUGUUAGAGUACGCCCAGGCCCCACAGUCAAAUCUUCAAUAUGGGCUGCUCUUAGUUUUGGGCAUUUUUACGGCAGAGUUGGUACGUUCAUGGUCAUUUGCUCUGACCUGGGCUUUAAACUAUCGAACUGGAACUCGACUCCGUGGAGCAUUACUUACUUUGGCCUUUGAGAAAAUACUUAAACUACGAAACACAAAAGACGUGUCAGUUGGAGAAUUGGUGAACAUCUGCUCAAAUGAUGGACAACGUCUUUUUGAAGUGGCCUCUGUUGGUUCCAUGUUGACAGGAGGCCCCCUUGUUGCCAUACUUGGAAUCAUCUACACUGCAUUGUUCCUUGGACCAACUGCCCUACUGGGAUCAGCUGUUUUCAUUCUUAUCUAUCCGUUGCUGAUGUUUAUGUCUAGGCUGACAACUUAUUUCAGAAAGCAAUGCAUUGUAAUCACUGACAGACGUGUGCGGCUGAUGAAUGAAAUUCUAAACUACAUCAGGUUCAUCAAGAUGUACACCUGGGAAAAAUUGUUUGCUGAAAAGGUUCACCUGAUCAGAAGCAGAGAGAGACAUUUUCUGGAGAAAGCAGGCUAUGUGCAGAGCAUCACAGUUGGAGUUGCUCCAAUUGUGGUUGUAGUAUCCAGUAGCUGCACAUUCACACUUCACAUGGCAAUGGGAUAUGAUCUCACUGCAGCUGAGGCAUUUACAAUUGUUGCAGUAUUUAAUGCAAUGACUUUUGCCCUGAAGAUCACACCCAUAUCUGUAAAAGCCCUGUCUGAGGCAUCUGUUGCUGUGGGCAGAUUUAAGCAUUUGCUUUUAAUGGAAGAACUAGAAGUUGUAAGGAAAGAGCCCGAUAGUCCACAUAGUGCCAUAGAGUUUCAGAACGCUAGCUUGGCAUGGGAAAAGAGCAGUACCUGUUCCUUAGAAUGGCAAUCAAACUUAAACAAAGAUGAAAUAAAGAAGAUUAAGAAAAGGAAGGAAAAAACGCUGAACACGGAAAAGAAGAAUGUGUAUGUUGAAGGUGACCCAGGGAGCUCACUUGCCGAACAAAAUGAUCAUCUAUUACUUGGCACUAAAAUGCAAUUUGACCGUGACAACAUACACGUAAAUUUAUCAUCUCCAAAGCUCAAACUCCAGAGUGUCUUGCACAACAUCAACCUAACUGUGGACCAGGGUAAACUGGUGGGAAUUUGUGGCAGCGUGGGAAGUGGAAAAAGCUCCCUGAUAUCAGCUAUCUUGGGCCAGCUCAUACUACUCGAAGGGACUGUUGCAGUGAGAGGCACUUUUGCUUAUGUAGCCCAACAGGCGUGGCUCCUUAAUGCUUCUUUGCGUGAUAAUAUCUUGUUUGGCAAAAAUUACGAGGAAGAAAGGUAUAAUAAUGUGCUGGAGGCUUGUUGUUUGUAUCCUGACAUAGAAGCUCUACCAUGCGGAGACAUGACUGAGAUCGGAGAACGUGGUGCCAACCUCAGCGGAGGACAACGGCAGCGGAUUAGUCUUGCUCGUGCUCUGUACAGUGAUCGAGAUACAUUCUUGCUGGAUGAUCCUCUCAGUGCUGUAGAUGCACAUGUUGGAGCUCAUAUGUUUAUCCAUGCCAUUAAAUAUGGAAUGAAGGGAAAGACUGUUCUCUUUGUAACCCACCAGCUUCAGUAUCUUGUAGAUUGUGAUGAAGUGCUGUUCAUGAGGGAUGGAUGUAUUGCAGAACAAGGAACACAUGAAGAACUGAUGACCCUUAAUGAAGACUAUGCUGCCCUCUUUAACAGCAUGCAGCAAGCUAACCUUAUUCAGAAGAACUUGAGAAACACCAUCAGGAAAGCUGGACAUCGAGGACCUAGAAAUCUCCUGUCAGUGAGCAAGUCUGUGUCAAUUGUACAUGAAAAGAAGAAGGAAGGUCGAGGAUAUGGAACAGUAGUGAUCCGCAAAGUGGUGUCUGAGGGAGAUUUCAUGUACCAGGUUAGGGUUUAUGGAAGCAGGUCAUAUAUCAAGCUGCAAGGAAGAGAUGUAAGAGUGAGCGAGUCUGUACAGAGCUUACCUGUGAUAUCAAAUCAGAGUCCAGCAGAUUCCGGCACAGACUUUCAAACAAAGGAACCAGACAAAAGUGGAGCUGCAGAAAGUGCAAAAAGUAAUGAAAUAGGAACAGAAAUGGUGGUCAGCAUAGUACCAGAACAAGAAAAAAGGAUGAAAGAACCAGUUAAGGACUGCAAGCAGGCAGAUUCUGAGGACAAACCUGAUGUGAUGGUGAAUGGUAAAAAGUCUGCAGUGUUCCGAUGGAAGCCUGUUGUCGUCCAAAUGCAUGACGAGGACAGCAUUGAAUGGAGUGAGGGUGAUUUGAGUUAUUUGUUCAGGACAGAACCCAGAGAUUUGGAGCCUAGGGUAGAGAUGGCAAAAGAUUUCAACAGUGAGAAGGAUUUUGAUGAAGAAUUGCAUGCCGAAGCAGCUGAUGAUUUGAUUAGUCGUGAUUUUUUUCCAGAAGAGGAAACACAGAAGGGCAAGUGA